CUCGCCGCUGUUGCCACACGACGUCGUCACGGAGAUCUUCGCCUAUAUGCCCGCCAAGUCAGUCGGCCGCUUCCGGUGCGUGUCUCGUUCCUGGGACGCCACGCUCUCGUCGGCGCUCUUCGUCAGGCUCCACCUCCGGCAAGCCAACAACGGCGACAAGCCUAGGUUUUUCUUCAGCCCGACGUUCGAGCCCGAGUCCACGUCCAAGUACCAAUUUUACGCUUGGCAGCCUGCAGGCACCCCGGCCGUCAGGAAGCUCGCCCCCAACAACUUCUCGCGCCCCGCCCCACUCACCAAGCCACUCCAUGGCAUCGUGCUCCUCCGCUGCGUCAACGACGGCGGCUACUUCCUGUGCAACCCAUCCACCGGCGAGGUGCAUCCUCUACCCGACAGCCGAGCGCCAUUCAAGAUGAAUCCCGGUUGCAACCCGAUUGAUCUGCCCUUCUACCUCCAAGUAGCUUACGGCUUUGGUUACUGCUCCGCGAAUCAUCGGUACAAAGCAGUCCGUAUUUUCAGUCAAGAGCAUAAGGGGGCCGCCCCGAGCUGCGAGGUCUUCGUCCUUAACGGUGACACGGCGGCGUACUGGCGACCCGCCGCCUCACAGCCUCCGAUGUGCGUGGUGGAAGAGGAGAACCCAGCCGUGUUCAUGCACGGGCGUCUACACUUCCUGUGCCGGGACGAUGGCGUCAUCCUCACUUUCAACGUCGGCGACGAGACCUUUGCUACGCUGCUGCAGCCGCCGUGUCCUCCGGGGAAGGCUCCUCUCAGGAUGACCGAGCUGGACGGCUGCCUAUGCGUAUUUCGCAGCGACAAGGAUGGCCCUUGCCAUGUGUGGCUGCUGCGGGAUUACGUGGCACGACGGUGGGAGCAGCUUUGCUGCAUCGACCCAACGGCUUGGCCGGAGCCGGAGAGGACGCAGCUGCGAUCAGACUGGAUAGCUCCGCUCGGGAUGUGUAGCUGUAGCGGGGGCAAUGGAUCACACAAGAAGAUUAUGUUGGGCACAGGUACCUGCAAGGUGUUCACGGUGGACCUUAGUGGCGAGGGGGUACCAGAGAUUCUUCUCAAGGCGGAUGAGGUCAUCGCUGGCGAUUUUGAUGAUACCUUCAAUUACCCGGCGAUUGGAUUGUUUGAAGAGAGCCUCGUUACCUUGGGCAACACCAUUGAGGAUAUGGUGUUUUCUUCCCCGGUGACCAAAGCUUGGUCCGACGUCCUCAAGUGGCUGCCUGCACGGUCCGUCUCGCAGCUGAGCCUUGUGUGCAGGGAAUGGCGCGCCAUGGUCACCACGGAGCGUUUCGUGCGAUCGCACGCCGCCGUCCACGCGACACGCCCGCGGAUCAAGCUCGUCAGUGACCCCUUUCUGGGCCGAUUCACUGACCUGGAGGAUCACAUCAACUAUCCACACUGGCAAUGCGCCGUACCAUUCGACAAUCCAGGCAUGUUACAGUGUUCCCAGCCUUGCCAUGGCCUGAACCUAGUGAGCUGUAACGGGCGUGACCUCCUGUGCAACCCUACCACAGGCCACAAUGAAUCGGUAUACAUAGAAGAGAUCGAAAGGGAAGACACGUCCUUCGCCGGUCGUAUUGCGCUUGGGUAUGACUCUGACUACGACGACCACAUCUUGGUGUCCCUUGCCUAUGAGGAGAAGAACAUGGAGACUCGAGACUACAAGCUAGAGUGCAAUGUGCGGUAUCUACGACAAGGCUGGUUUCUGGCCGACCCUCCCCCGAGACCCGUGGCCAUGGACGUGCCGCCCGUCUACGCGGACGGCAAGAUUUACUGGGUGGUCGAGCCUAAGCUCGGUCCAUGCUCCGCCGUGUGCGAACUGGUGGCGUUUGACAUCUGGGACAGAGAAUUUGAGGUCCUGCAGGGUCCCCCGACCCAUGGCAGUGGUGGCCGUGUCUCCAUCCUCGAGCUCUACGGCACCAUCUGCAUGGCGUGUUCUGACCAAGACAAGAACGCCAUUGACGUUUGGAAGAGGAACGACGACGACAGCGACUGCGAUGAUGACGAUAGCAAUGGCGAAGACGGCGACAAUGGUGGUGGCGACGACGAAAACAACAACGAUGACAACAGCAACGGUGACGACGGCGACAAUGGUGGCAGCGACGAUGAAAACAACAACGACAGUCACUGCAACGAUGACGACAUCAACGGCGAAGACAGCAACGGCAGAGGCCACGACAACGGGGAUUGGUGUUUGGAGUGCCGUAUAGAGCUUGACAAGUUUUCGUCAGAGUACUCGUCACAACGGACGACGCUGCUAUGCGUCGACCCAACUGAUGGACGGAUGUUGCUCAACUCCGGGACGUCGUUAGGCUACUACGAUCCUAAGACGGCGGAGCUUGAAACAAUCUACACAAUUGUUGAGCCAGAGGAGUUCACCAAGCGUUUCUGUCCAGUUGUUGUCCAUGAUAGUCUUGUUUUCCCUUUUAUGAAGCAACAGUAGUCCUGAACUUCGGAUGAUGUUCCUGUGGGAGGUAGAUGGUUUGCCAUCCUGUCAAGACAUUAUAGCAUCAACACAACAAAAAGACAGUGCUAAAUGCAGAAGCUCACAUUUUGCUUGUACCCAGUGGAGGCCAUCCAAUGAGUUCUUUCUCCAGCAGUGAUCGAAUCGGGCAUCAUACACUACUCCUUAGUUUGUCUUUCGUGGAGAUUGAUUAUUGUUUACAUGUUUACUUUUCGUUCUUCUAGGCUAUACUUAUGCAGAGUCCCACCGCAAACUAUUUUGGUAACAUCUUCUUGGAGCAAUAUUUGAGAUAAUAAAGAACUCCUUUCCUUUUGCUGCGAAAUUAAUUCAAUGCUUAAGAGGAGCCAAUGACCUAUCUAUCAACAAUGCAUUUGAUUCUUCUUUUCUGUAUGUAUGA